AUGGCUGACAAAGAAAAACAAAAGGUUACUGCAGAUGUAUCCUCAUCAGAGGAAAACAAACUUGAUUUUGCUGGUGUUGCACAACCUGCAACCAGUACCCCCAAAACCACAAAAGAUGGUAACCCUGUUAAAACAGAGGUAUCUGUACCUGCUGAACAUUUACAAAGUGCAAAACCAAAGGUAUCUAUACCUGAUCACAAUGUUCCUUUACAUCUUGGACAAAAGCACAAUCCCUUUGCAAAGUUAGCUUGUAAUUCUGGUGAUACUAGUAGUAGUGGUAGUAAACUACAAAAUACCUUUUAUGAUAAGGAUGGGAAUAGCAUCAACCAGGUGUAUGAGUUUAAUACUAACAUCCCAAGAAUCCCACAAUUCUCGGGUGAUGACCCUCCUCAGAAGGGGGAUGUUUCAUACAAAGAGUGGAGAUUUGAAGUGCAGUGCCUAAUGCGUGACCCUGAUAUAAAAUCAAAUAUUCUGAUACAAAGUAUUAGACGGUCAUUAAGGGGUACAGCAAAAACAAUGUUAAUUCCGCUAGGUGAGAAGGCUGGUGUUAAGCAAAUUUUAGAAAAACUUGACAUUUUGUUUGGUGAAAUUUCCAACAAUGGCAUGAUUAUGCAAGAAUUUUUCAAUGCAUUUCAACUACCAGGUGAGUGUGUAACAGCAUUUGGAUGUAGACUUGAAACAAUGCUACAGAAUGCCAUAGAUAAUGGUUAUCUUGAUCGUGCAUCUAAGAAUGACUUAUUACGGCAUAAGUUUUGGACUUCAUUGAGUUCAGAGAAGCUUAAGUCUCAAACAAGACAUAAAUAUGAUGACAUCAAGAAUUAUGACAAGUUGUUGUUAGAAAUAAGAAGGGUAGAAAAAGAAAUUUUGAUAAGUUCUAGCAUUUCAGAGAAAAAGCCAGUUCAUCAACAUGGUAUGUCAGUAUCUGAAGACUUAGAGGAGAAGUUAAUGGAGAAGAUGAGGAAUAUGGAGACAAAAUUGGAAGGUAAGAUAAAUGACAAGUUCAACCAGAUACUAGAAAAAUUGGAUGGUAGAACAGGUAAUGUAGCAAGUAGACCUACAGAAAACAGAGGUAGAGGCAGUUACUACAGAGGCCGUGGAGUUUGGAGAGGCAACUCUAAUUACUACAGAGGUAAUUCAAAUGACAAAAGGAUUAAUGCUGGCCGAGGUCAAGGACAGAGACGGGAUCAAGGAAAAAGAACAGGUAAUUAUAACCCAAACGAAUAGAGGUCUCUGAUGAAGGCCGACCGGGGACCAUGAUUUCAAGUGAAGGCCAGCAGUUAAAAUGCAAAAUGAUUGGUGAGUCAAAUGAGACUAUUAUUUUUAUGCAUGACAAUUCUUUUACAGGUCUUGUUGACAGUGGAUCAAUGGUAACAACAUUGUCAUUAUCAGGUUACUAUUCUAUGAAAAAUCAACCAGAGUUGAAAGAUUUAUCUAACUUAGGGUUAGAAGUGUCUGUUGCAGAUGGUUCUCUAUUGAAAUACAAGGGGUAUAUAGAGUGUACUGUAAAAAUUCCAUUUAUGGAUGUAGAGUUAUUUGUCCCUAUUUUAAUUGUACCAGACACUGAUUUCAAUAGAACAUGUCCUGUUAUCAUUGGAACUAAUGUGUUGAGAAUUUGUAGAGAUUUGUUGGGUGAAGAUUCCAAUGAAAUGAAAACAAUUCCAAAAGAAUGGAAAGUAGCACUAAAGAGUAUGAAGAGUAAGUGUUACCAUGUCAAA